UAAACCCACAUCUCCUAUAGAUAUGACGUCGGGUUUGCCAAAAUGCGUCUCUCUCAUGUCUGGUUACAACGGUGCCAUGUUCCUGUACCUGGGCGCCGAGAGUGCCAAGAGGCAUGACGGCAUCCUCACGUUUGGUCAGCUGGGGUACGAUGAACCCCUCACCAGCAGCACGCACGCCCGCUUCUACUUGGAUCCGUCCAAGCACAAGGAUGAUGAGCUCUGGCAUGUCAGAUGCGCCUACAACAACAAAUACCUGAUGCCUAUUGCUCAGGCCAGCAGUGGUUUACUGCUGGUCGGCACCGCGGACGAACCCGAGGAGAACCUGUACAAGUCGACAUGUACCUUGCUUAAGCUCACCAUCCUUAGUUCGUAUGAAGAACCCAAGGCUAAGAGUACAGUGUACCAUGUCAGGAGCUGCGCCAUUGUGGCAAGUGCUCCCUCCUCUUCCUGCGCGGCGGCCCUUGCCCUCCUCUCUCUUCGGUCCCCUUCGCGCCUCCUCGCGGCAGUCGCAGCCAAGGAGCCCGAGCUCGGCGGCGACGGAUCGGAAGGCAGCGGCGGCGCUGGAUCUGGCAGUGGUGGAGCCGCCGCCGUCUCCACUCGCCGGGAACCGGCCAGAUCCGCCCCACGAGCUUCACAGGUGCCACCCCCUCCGCCACCAGCCACGGUGGCCUCCCCCGCCCCGUAUCGGCGCGGAUCCAGCCGCCAUCUCCCGCAGCAACGGCGGCCUCGCCCUGCUCCGCCCCCGCUGUAG